AUAAACACAUUGAAGAUUAUACUGAACUUGUACAUUUUAUAAUCAAAUUUUUACCAACGAUUCCACAAAUACCUUCCGAUCCAAAUAAUAAAACACAAUAACAACAAAAUUUGCAUUACCCGAUUUAUUUAUUGCCCGAGCACUUCUCAAAAAAUUUACGGCUGUUUUUGCAUUACAAUUCGCCAAUAUCCGCCAUUCAUCCAGUCGCGUUUUUUUUUCAAACACAAAUAUUUUUUAACAACAACAAAUAGACCACCAAUUCAAACACUAUGGCAAAUAUUUGGCGAACCUACACUCGUAAAACGGAUUAAUUAAAUUUCAGUCCUUCGGGACGUAUUUGGCUAAUCGCCUGCGUAACCGGUACCACUCCGGAUUGUUUAUUCUUUUUUGUUGUACCAAUAAAAAGUUGCUAGGGAUAAACAAACGGCCCGCCCAGAGCUCGCGUACGCGGUACCCGGGUUGGUUAAAUGUCGCCUAUUCCUUUCGCCGUGCGUUGGUAAAUAUUGGUUUAAUAAAUCGGUCAUUAGUUGUACCGUCUACUUCGAUGAACGAUUAUUUUUUUUCGGUUCAGUACCGCGAAAUCGUGCUCGGGAGGUAGUAGUACCUGGGAGUGAACGACGGAAGAGUAAAUUGGUAAUAUGAGCUUCAGGGUUACCAGCCUGCCCGUGGGGCAAGUGUACGAUUCCCGGUAUUCCCCGGUGCAGGCUCGAUACAAUUACACGAAAUCCAUCGAAAAAAUCCACUCCGAGUUGAAAAAAAAGCGAUUGGAGGAGAUAAAAAAGUUGAAAGAAGAGGAGAAGAAGCGACAGAAGGAGCUCGAAAUAUACCAAGGCAAGUACAAGCGGCUAUUUUGGCGGGUAUGGAGCCAAACGUUCGGGAAAUUGGGCGAGGAUUGGGUAAUCCUGGCGAUAUUGGGCAUUCUCAUGGCAAUCAUCAGCUACACCAUAGACAAAGGAGUCGCCAUGUGCGGCAGCGGCCAAAAAUGGCUCUACGGGGAACUGUCGACGGGGCUCUUCACCAAAUGGGUGGCCUGGGUGUGUCUGCCAUUCUGCUUGGUCAUCUGGGACGUGGGGUUGACCCAUUUAGUGGCUCCCCAAGCGGCAGGUUCGGGGAUCCCCCAAAUCAAGACGAGCCUCAGGGGCGUGUUCAUGAAGGAGGUGCUGACGUUCAGGGUGCUGAUAGUGAAGUGGCUCGGGCUAAUAGCGACGAUCGGCAGCGGGAUGCCCUUGGGCAAGGAGGGGCCGCUCAUCCACAUGUCGAGCAUCAUCGUGACGAAGCUGAGCAAGGCGAUUUCGUCGUUCAACAAGGUCUACAUCAACGAGAGCAAGAAGAUCGAGAUGUUGGGCGCCGCCUGGGCCGUGGGGGUGGCUUGUACCUUCAACGCGCCCAUCGGGGGGGUGUUGUUCAGCGUGGAAAUCACUACGGCUUAUUUUGCGGUGAGGAACUAUUGGAGAGGGUUCUUCGCGGCCGUUUGGGGCGCUACGACUUACAGGCUGUUGUUGGUGUGGAUCGAUGGAUCUAAAACUAUAACGGCCGUUUUUUCGACUAGUUACUUCAUCGAUUUCCCGUACGAUCCUUGGGAGCUCGUUUCGUUCGCCAUAUUGGGGCUAAUUUGCGGUCUGGCCGGUUCGUUUUAUAUUUGGUGCAAACAGUACUACGACGCUUGGGUUAAUACUAACGUGGUCAUUAUGAAGAUCAAAAAAACAAACCGAUUCAUCUACCCGGCCAUAAUAAUCCUGAUCAUCUCGACGCUGACGUGGCCGCCGGGCCUGGGCCAAUUCAUGGCGUCCGAACUGGCGGCGGGGCCGCAGGUGAUCAACCUCUUCAGCAACUUCACCUGGGGCAAAGACAACCUGACGCUCCACCAGGGCGACCUGGUCUCGCACUGGACCACCGACUGGACCGGUUUCUACGGGAACCUCGCCAUCUACAUGGCCUUCCAAUUCAUCGGCUCGAUACUGGGCACGUCUCUACCAAUCCCCAACGGUUCGUUCAUCCCCAAUUUCCGCGCCGGAGCCGCCCUGGGGCGCAUCGUCGGCGAGCUGAUGUACUAUUGGUUCCCCCAAGGCGUGGGUUACCACGGUAGAAGGGCCCAAAUAGUCCCCGGCGCCUACGCGGCCGUGGGGGCGGCCGCCUGGUCGGGAGCGGUCACUCACACCAUGUCAGUCUGCGUCAUACUCUUCGAAAUGACCUCAUCCAUAACCUACGUCAUACCGGUGCUCAUAGCCGUGUUGAUAGCCAACGGCGUGGCCAGGUUCCUCACGCCGAGCAUCUACGACCUGGUGAUCAAGUCGAAGAAGCUCCCCUACCUGCCCGACUUGCUGCCCAACACGAGCGGGCUGUACAACAUCUACGUGGAGGACUUCAUGCGGCGCGAGUUGCGCUAUCUGCACGUGUCGAUGAACUACGCGAAGCUGAAGGAGAUCCUGGUGGCCAACAAGAAAUUGAACGUGUUCCCGCUGGUGGACCAUCCGCAGACGAUGACGUUGCUGGGAUCGAUACCGAGGAGCGAGUUGAUCGUGUUGCUGGACAGGCAAAUCGGGGCGUUUCAGAGGAGACAGGUGCUGCCCAGUCCGAGGAUAGACAGGCAGGAGAGCAAUCCGAUGGAUAACGUGGAGUUCAUUCACACGACUCGGAAGAAAUCCGUGGCGUUUAUCGACGAUUCCAGCGAUUCGGAGAAAGAGGACGAUGUUAAAACCGAUUUCCAUCCGAACGUGACCGAAAUGAAGGAGGUCAAAACGAGCACAUUGAAGGAAACACGAGAAGAGAUCAUCAGAAAAUGGACACCACCUAUACGAACUGCAACCACAUCUCUAGUACCGAAAUCGCCGUUACCGGAACGAAAGAGCCCGUUACCGAGCAAACGACCGGUACUAUCUCUAACGCACUUGGAAGUGCCUUCGUUGAGGGUCUGCGACCUCCCCACGCAAGAGCAACUGGCCUGGGAGGAGGACCAGCUGAACCAGCCGGUGGACUUCACCUCGUGCCACAUCGACCCGGCGCCCUUCCAGCUGGUGGAGCGGACCUCCCUGCUGAAGGUGCACUCUCUAUUUUCCCUGCUGGCCAUCAACUUCGCCUACGUGACGUCCAUCGGGAAGCUGAUAGGCGUGGUGGGUUUGAAGGACUUGAGGAAGGCCAUCGAGGACGCCAACAGCGGCAACGCGCCGAAGAAGGUGGAGGCGCCGCCGUCGGGGGCGGGCACGCCGCAGACGCCGGCCACGCCGGUCAUAUCGGUGGUGCCGCCCGAGCACGACGGGCACGACGCCAAGCGGUUCGAUUCCAAAGUUUGAGAGGGUUACGGGCGAUUCUUCGGGGGGUAGUUUUUAAGUCGUUUAUCGAAUAAUGGCCGGCUGAAAAAGGAAUUUUAUUAGAUGAUUUUGUAGAUAAUUAACGUAUAUUAGUUAACUUACUUGUUUUUUUUUUGGUGAAUUGAUCUGGUUUGUACUUAUAGUAAGGUGAUUAAGUAAGAAUUGGUUUCAUCAAUCGGAUGAGUAUUUUUUUUUUUCAUUAGUAAGGUGGUCUCGAUAAAAUUUUCUAUACUUACGACCUAAAAUGCUUAAAAUUGUUUUAUUUUAGACUAAAUAAGCGUCAUUCCAUUGAGCAUUCCAGUGUAAUAUUUUAUUUAUUGUUGCCAUUUUUAGGUAAUUGUACAUUUUUCAUAUACAUGUAAAAUAUAUUUAUAAUAACGAAUGAUGUUUUUCUAAAAAACCUGAAAUGUACACAGGAAUUGUAGACACUUUACAUCAAUAAACAAUUUAUACAACUAUCAUAGAAAAACGGCAAAUACGAUACUAAAACUUUACAAGCAAUAUAGAAAUACUAAUAAAUUAACACACAUAAAAUAAAUAUCACAGUAAAAAAAAUCAAAUUUAAGCCCGUUAAAUUCGAGUCAAAUGUUAAUCUACUAUCAUCUAAAACACCUAAAUCCACCUCAAACCACUCCAAUAAGGCUCAUUUACACUCGAAUUCACCUCAAUCGACGUAUCCAGCGUCAUUAAGCAUCUCCUUGAACCCCCUCACGAUUUCAGCGAUGGGUAUCUCGCUCCGGCAAUCCGCCGCCUCCAGGCCCGCCCCGUCGUGGAACUUCUUAAUGUGGGUCCUCAACUGGUAGGGCGACACGUUGCUGUAGGGGCAACUCGGACAUUGCAACGCCACCGGCGAAUGGGUGAACACGUGCUUCCUGAAAUUGCUGCGAUCCUUCGUGUUGUACGAGCAAAACUCGCAGUCGUAGCUCAGGGCGGUCUCCUCGUGCUUCACCAUGUGCCUGUUGAAGUUCGGCUUGCUGGCGAUGAUGGCGGCGCAGAUGCCGCAUUGGUACAGGUUGUCCCGCUCCUUGUCCGGGUGCGCUUCGUGGUUCUUUCGCACGUGCCGGCGCAGCGAGGACUUGUCGGUGCUGCGGUACGAGCAGGUUUCGCAGUGGUACCAAAUCGCUUUGGUGUGCAUCGUGUUGAUGUGCUUGCUCAAGGCGUAGCUUUUGUUGGUUAUGUGGGGGCAAUGGGGGCAGCGCAAGUGGAGUUUGUUGUGCCUGCAUUUGCUCUUGUGCUCCGUGAAGAGGGUUUCCGAUGUGGUGAGGUACAUGCACGAGCAGUUGAAGAUUUUGGUGGAAUC